GUCCGAGAGAGGCCUGGCACGGCCGGAAGUGACGGUGGGUAAAACCGGAAGCAGAUCUCCCGGGGACGCUGCGGGGUGAGGAGGAAAAAGCAGAUCAAAAACUGCCCCAAAGUGAUAGCAAGGGAAUUCCAGAAAGAUGAAGUCCCCUGAUUUUCUACGCCUAUACCUAGAUGGAGUAUUCCACCUGACCAACACCUCACUGGCUCUGCUUUGGGGACUUGAUAUUCCAGUGAUUGAGGCCUCUCACUCCAGCUGUGGCUCUACCACCAGCCAGUGGCAGAACCUGAAAGAGAACUACCUCUUUACACUACAGAAUAAGAACACCAUCAACUCUUGCUUUAGAGAACAAUUUAAAAGAAGAAACAAGAUCAUACGUUUGUUUUGCUUUCUCGAGGUUCUAGGAUAAAUCCUAGGCUUCAGCCUCUGAAGACAAAUAAUACUGCACUAUGGCAGGGAUUUUGCACACAGUGGUUCAAGGGCCCCCCGGCAGGCUACAGACUGUGAUGAAAGGUAUGGAGUCUCUCGUGGGUACAAAUUGGAUUCGUCACAAAUUUACCAAAUCAAGAAUUCCAGAUAAAGUGUUUCAGCCUUCAUCUGAAGAUCAUGAAAAAUAUGGUGGAGACCCCCAGCACCCACAUAAAUUGCAUAUUGUUACCAGAAUAAAAAGUACAAGAAGACGUCCAUAUUGGGAAAAAGAUAUAAUAAAGAUGCUUGGAUUAGAAAAGGCACAUACUCCUCAAGUUCACAAGAAUAUCCCUUCAGUAAAUGCAAAAUUGAAAGUGGUUAAACAUUUGAUAAGAAUCCAGCCCCUCAAGCUUCCACAAGGAUUUCCAACAGAAGAAAAUAUGGCUAACACAUGCCUGAAAAGCACUGGGGAGUUAGUAGUGCAGUGGACUCUGAAGCCUGUGGACACCUGUAAUGCUAGCACUCAGGAGGCUGAGGCAGGAAGAUCACUGAGAGUUCAAGGCCAGCCCCAAACUACAUAGUUAAAGGCCAGCCUAAAUUACAUAAGCAAGACUGACUCAGAAAACCAAAAAACCCUAUGGAGCAGAAAACAAGUCUUGAUAUCUUGGUAAAAAAAAAAAAAAGAAAAAAAAAGCAGGAGUAGCUGGGCAUGGUGGUGCACGCCUAUAA